GUUUACGUCUGUAGAGAAUGACCUGCCGUGGUCGGCUGGUUUAGUUUACAUGUAGCUUAUAAAAAACACCGUACCGUCGUUUUUAACGCGAUAAACAUGGUGCAACUUUUGUGUUUUGUGCUGCUGCUGUGCGGCGUGGCUCCUCUUACUGCGGCACCCACAGGAAGCAGCUACCUGCCGGGCACAGGCAGGUUCUGGCACAUCACUGACCUCCACCUGGACCCCACCUACAAUCUGGCCCCAGACCCCACUAAGGUGUGCUACUCCUCUAAAGGAGCCCCCGCCACCCACGCUGGCCUAUACGGGGACUUUCUGUGUGACUCUCCCUACCGCCUCAUCCAGUCAGCGUUCACACACAUGGCAACGCUCACACAGCCACAGGACUUCAUCAUAUGGACCGGUGACAGUCCGCCUCACGUGCAUGUAGACGAGCUCUCCACAGACACGGUGAUCCAGGUGAUCAGCAAUAUGACCCAGACCAUCAGGCAACACUUCCCCAACCUGACAGUCUAUCCUGCCCUGGGAAACCAUGAUUACUGGCCACAGGACCAGAUGCCGACCUCCACUAAUGCCAUCUACAAAGCUGCAGCCCAGCUGUGGAAACCCUGGCUGCAGACUGACGCUCUGCUCACACUCUCACAAGGCGGUUUCUACUCCCAGCUGGUGAAGCCUGGUUUACGGGUGCUCAGUCUCAACACUAUCCUCUACUACGGUCCUAAUAAAGUCACAAGAAACAUGACGGACCCUGCUGGACAGUUCGAGUGGCUGGAGAACACUCUGGAGAAAGCUGCUCAGAGCAUGGAGCAGGUGUACAUCAUCGCUCAUGUACCAGUGGGGUACCUGCCGUUUGUCAGAAACACCACCGCUGUUCAAGAAAUCCACAACGAGAGGCUGGUCUCAAUCUUUAGGAAGUACAGUGAUGUCAUUGCGGGGCAUUUCUACGGCCACACCCACCGUGACAGCUUCAUGGUGCUGUUGGACCAACAAGGUAAACCAGUGAAUUCUCUCUUUGUCUCACCGGCUGUUACACCGAUCAAAGCAGUUUUGGAGCCCUUCUCCAACAACCCGGCUUUCCGCAUGUACUUGUACAACGCCAAGGACUACACUCUAUUGGAUAUCUGGCAGUACUAUUUGAAUCUGACGGAAGCCAACGAGAAACAAAGAUCUGACUGGAGGCUUGAAUAUAUCAUGACUGAGGCUUUUGGACUGACUGACCUGCGGCCACAAAGCCUGCUCCAGCUGGGCCUGAGCUUCAGGCUGCCGCAGACCAAAGCCUUUGACAUGUAUUUCAGUCACUACAUGGUCGGCUACAACAGCAGCAUCAUCUGUGACGGAGACUGUAAGGUCAACCAGGUGUGUGCUGUGCUCUACCUGGACCAAAUGUCCCACUCCAAAUGUCUCACAAAGGGAUAGUGGUAGCAUCAAUAUGGAUCAAAAAAAUGAGGGAUUUAUCUCAGGGGUCACAUUUCGUUGAUGAUUUUUAAAUACAUUUUUUAUUCUGCUGGAAAUAUUAAAAGGGAAAUUCCUUAGACUGAU